CCCAUUUUCACUUCUGUAAAUGAGUGGAGGCUUAUCUGAAGAUACUCGUGUCUGCCCGUCACUGAAAUGCACCUUUCUCCUCUUCAAACACGUGAACUACUGUCUUCCCAGAUCUGAAGAUCAUGUUUGGACCUCGACUUUUCCUGUUCGUUGUGUUAAAUCACCUCUGUGUGGUCAAAGCAAUAAAUCUUAAAUUCUACCCAUGUGACAAUACCACUGCCAGCAAUGGAGAUAUAAAUGUGGACUGUGGGCACAGAGGCCUCACCAGCGUCCCCAAAUUCAAGUCCCCCAUUGUGGUCUCACUUAACCUCAAUGAAAAUCUGAUUCAGCGAGUAAAAAGAGAGGAUUUCUCAGACCUUCCCAAUCUUCAGAAUCUGAGUUUAAUGUGGAACUGUUUGCCGGGUCGACUAAAGGCGCUGAGAUUACCUUCAUGCAAAGUGAGGAUUGACCAAGAUGCUUUUGUUAAUCUCAAAAACCUGAGCUCCCUUUAUUUAGUAGGGAACAGCCUUGACACCAUUCCACUCCUCCCGCAGCGCCUUCAGGUCCUCGGAUUGGAGUUUAACAAUAUUUUUCACAUUGAAAAGCCGCUGGGAACGCCUUUCCUCAAACAGCUGCUGCUCUCUAAGAACUGCUACUAUGCAAACCCCUGCAAUCAGUCCUUCUCCAUAGAAACAAGAGUGUUGCAGGAUUUACCUGAGCUUCGGAACCUCACACUGGGCUUUAAUAAUAUCACUACUGUUCCCGUGCAACUGCCACCCUCCUUGGAAAGUCUUGACUUGAGGGAAAACAAGAUCACAGAAAUCACAAAAGAAUCCUUCGCAAACCUUACAAAGCUACGUUACCUUAACCUGGAGUGGAACUGCCAAAGGUGUGACCAUGCAGCUGAGCCCUGUUUCCCUUGUCCAAAUAAUGCUUCAUUAGGCUUGGACCCGGGUGCCUUUCAUGAUCAGAGAAGCUCUUUAAGUUUCCUCAGUCUGCGGGGAAACUCACUCCACUACCUUCCUAAAAACAUUUUUGCUCAACUCAGCCGACUUAAAACGCUUGAUCUCUCAGACAAUUUCCUAGCCUACAGUAUCCAUAAUGGCACGUUUUUUGAGGAGCUGCAGAAGGUUGUGUCCCUAAACCUCCUCUACAACUAUCAACCUAUGAAAACCUUUCCAGAGCUGAUCCUGUCACCCUAUAUGAGCAGGAUGAGAGCCUUAAAGAAGCUUUCCCUGAGUGGGUUUUUCUUCCAUCAGUUAUCUAACUACAGCCUUGAGCCUUUGUUUGACUUACCAAAGCUGGAGUAUCUGGACCUGCGCAUGAACUUCAUCAGUUCCUGCAACGUCACGGCAUUCAGCCAGCUGAGAGCAUUGAGAAUGGUGGUGCUUUCACAGAACAUGCUUGCCUUCAACCCAUGCUACAAAGCUAUCUCUAUGGACAUCCAGCUCACGUCCAUGACCCUGAGUGAUCGCAAGAGAGAAGACCCCCUUGAGAAUCAAGAAGACCCUUAUUUUAGAUCAGAGUUGGAGAGAAACUCUGGGCAGUGCGCUGAGGAAGACUGUCCAAUCAAUGAUUCAAUGUGGUAUCUCCAAAGGUGUCACUGUUAUGGGAAGCUCUCCUUUAACUUAUCUCAGAACAAUAUUCCAUGGCUCAAUGCAAGUACCUUCAAAGGAAUGGAGAACGCUGUGUGCAUGGACCUGUCCUACAACUACAUGAGUCAAACUUUGAGCGGCCAGCAGUUCUCCCCUCUUACCAAACUGAUAUUUCUAAACAUGGCUCACAACCGGAUUGACCUUUACUUUGAUGAUGCUUUUAGGGAGCUGAGGAGCACACUUAAAGCUCUUGAUCUCAGCAACAAUGAAUUCCAUUUUCUCAUGAGGGGAAUAGGUCAUCGCUUUGAAUUCAUAAAGAACAUGACUUCACUGGAAGCUCUCAGUCUAGCGAACAAUAACAUUGGACUUCGCAUCUCUAACAUUCUCAGAAGUACGUCUCUGAAGUAUCUCUUCUUCUCUGGGAAUCGCUUGGACAUCAUGUGGGACACCAGGGGAGAUCAGUACAUACGCUUCUUUCAAGGGUUGAUAAAACUUAGAUAUUUGGACAUCUCGGACAACCAACUUAGGUCAUUUUCCCCAGAGGCAAUGGCUAACCUUCCUAAAAGUGUUCAAGUGCUCAGGGUGGACUCCAACAUACUGAAUUAUUUUCCCUGGGGCAACCUCUCAACACUUGCUCAGCUCUGCUUCCUUAACCUCAGUGGAAAUCAUCUCUCUAACCUACCAGACAUUGCUGUCCCCUUUGGACCUAAACUCUCAAGCCUGGAUUUAAGUCACAAUCGACUGACGGCCAUUCCAGAGUCUUUCUUUAGCCAGGCAACUGCCCUCAAAGACCUCAGACUCGACCACAAUCAGCUGAAGAUCAUAGAAAAGCAAGUUCUCCCCUCUUCAUUCAAGUCAGCCAUCUGCUCCACCGCUUUUAAGACUAAGAACUGCAAGUUGACAUUGCACGCCAAUCCCUUUAUCUGCAGUUGUGUCACUUCUUGGUUUGCUGAGUUUCUGCGAGGAAGUCCUUUGUUUAUCCCACACCUCACCACAGAUGUUCGCUGUGGUUUUCCUGAGUCACAGACAGGAGUCAAUGUGCUCGCCAUUGACCCUCGCUCCUGCCAGGAGAUAUUUGGUAGCGUUGCCUUCCUCUUUACCUCCCUUCUUGCUCUUGCAGCGACUACAAUCCCUAUUUUGAAGCAUUUGUAUGGCUGGGAUCUGUGGUAUUGUUUUCAGAUACUUUGGGCAGGACACAAAGGCUACACCUCACUUCAAGGAAACAGCAUGGUGAACAAUGACCAUGAUGCAUUUGUGGUUUUUGACACACAGAACAAGGCAGUCAGGGACUGGAUCUACAAUGAAAUGGUGGCUAACUUGGAGAGAAGAGGAAGAUGGCAGUUUAAACUUUGUCUGGAGGAACGGGACUGGGUGCCAGGGGUGUCCUGCAUAGAGAAUCUGCACAACGCUGUGUACAACAGCAGGAAAACGGUCUUUGUGCUAACUAACAACGGAAGCUUCAGUUCUGUCAGUGGCAUCAUAAGGCAGGCUUUCCUCCUGGUCCAGCAGAGGCUCCUGGAUGAGAAAGUAGACGUGGCGGUGCUGGUUCUUCUGGAUUCUGUUUUUCCUAAAGUCAAGUACCUGCAGAUGAGGAAGAGACUCUGCAAGAAGUCAGUUCUGUCCUGGCCCAAGAACCCCCAGGCCCAGCCCCUGUUCUGGAAUGACCUCUGCGUUGCUAUAGCCUCUGAUAAUGUAAAAUCUUAUGAUAAGAAAGUCACAGAGAGCUUCUUGUCUCAUGAGCUUCUUUAAUCCAGUAGCUGAUAUACUGUGUGUGUUCUAUCCACUUUAGGUAUUAAUUAAUUAAUUCAUGCUUGAUUAUGGUACAGUUUUGAAAUGGAUUUGAUGUACGAGGAACAACGUACAGAUUUUGCCCCAGAGAGGAAAAUGUAACAUAAAUAUUUGUAUAUAGUGAAAGGGAUCCAAGUAAAACAUGCUUUUGGUCUUCUUAAUUUCAUAGCAAUGCCAUAUAUGGAUUUAGAUCAUAUUUGGAUAUUACUAAGCACUGCAGGAUGAUGGUAUAUUACAGUACAGUUCAGUACAUUCAAAAUUCAGUUGUGUAGUUUUUUUCUUUUUUUUUUCUUUAUUCUUUUUACAACAUGUCUUUUACAACAAGUGUUUGCUCUAAAUGAUUCACAAAAUACCAUGAACUUUUGUCCAGUGCUUUAUUCUUGUAUGAAAUAUUUUAUUCUUUAAUGAAUUCAAUGAAAAUUC